CCAUGACCCUCAAAGGUGGCGCCACCAGUGCCUGCGCCGCAUGCAAAUACCAACGCCGUAAGUGCAUCCCCGAAUGUCUCCUCGGUCCUUAUUUCCCCGCCGAUCAAACCAAAGUCUUCCAAAACGCCCACAAAUUGUUUGGGGUCAGCAACAUCGUGAAGAUACUGAGGAGCUUAGAUCCUUCCCAGCAUGCGGAGGCCAUGCGUUCGAUCAAAUACCAAGCUAAUGUUCGUGAUCGAUUCCCGGUCUACGGUUGCCUGGGCGUCAUCCGUCAACUCUAUUAUCAAAUCCAGUUGCUGGAAGAAGAGUUACACGCCGUGCUUACACAGCUCGAGAUGUAUAGACAACAACAGCAGCAGCAUCAAAUUUCAUCGAUGGCGGAAGAUGUGAUUUCCCAGUUGGAACUGGGAAUGGCACCGCCCACCACCAAUGCUCUUCCUCUCUUCAAUCAAGUUACCAUGCAAAACCCUUACAUGGAUUCUCCUAAAGAGAAUGUGGAUAAUAAUUCUUUGUGGAUCCAACAUCUUUUUCUUGACACGAAUAAUCACAGCAAUGACAAUAAUGAUGGUCCCAUUGCGAUUCAAUCGGAACUAUUAGGUGAUGAUGAGCAGGAAGUGGUUUACGAUGAGAUUCAGCCCUUCUUUGAUUCCAUGGACGACAGACAAUCUUAUAUCGAUUCCAACAGUUUAUGA